AUGGCUCCCGUAUCGGCGGAUGAGCGCAACUCGCGCACUAUUUCCACAGCAGCCUGCUUGAUCAUUGGAGAUGAGGUCCUAGGCGGAAAGACGGUUGAUACCAACUCUGCCUACCUUGCCAAAUGGUGCUUUAACCUCGGAAUUAGUCUUAAACGAAUCGAGGUCAUUGCGGAUGAUGAAACCUUCAACCUACCUCUCAAGCUUCACCAGGAGACCUUUGAGAAGAUGAAGCUUCUUUCAAAGCCUCACCCCAACCAACCCAAGUUCGAUUGGGAAGUUGAUUCACCCGCCAGAAGAGCCAAGCUUCGCAUGGCAGAACUGCCAACGGACGAAUCCCGGGAUCUCAAGAAGCAGGCCCUCUUUCCUCAGGAAGACCUCUGGGUUCCCGUGUCAGUUGUAAAUGGAAACAUCCAUAUUCUUCCAGGCGUCCCCAGACUUUUCCAGAGACUUCUCGAAGGACUGAAGCCUCACAUUUUACCCCGACUUACUGAUCCCGAGGGUAAAGGCACGCACAGAGUUCUGUUCUCUACUCCAAUCCCUGAGAGUGGUGUUGCCGAAUUCCUCACGACUCUGGCGGCCAAAAUUGAGCCCAAGGGUGUCAAGGUGGGAAGUUACCCUCGCUGGGGCAAAGAGAACAACACAGUAACUCUUGUUGGAAGGGACUUGGACUAUCUCGAGAGUCUCGUCGAGGAAGUGGAAGCUGGUAUCCAGGGUGUGCGAGUCACCGCCGAAAGUGACACGGAAGAAGACCCAAAACAGAUCAAGAAGCAGGCAACCGAAGAUGCGGACAAGGAUACAGCAAAGCAAGUUACUCAGAAACCUUGA